AUGAGGAAACUGAUCGAUGACCUUGACGAUGUCGACAACUACGUGGAAGACAUCAUCGUGCACACAGAGACAUGGGAAGGCCAUUUGGUAGCCCUGGAUGAGUUGUUUCACAGGCUGUCCGAGGCUAAGUUAACGGCGAGGCCUACAAGGUGUGUGAUGGGCGCGAAAGCCAUCGAAGUGAUUGGUCACCAGGUCUCGGAAGGGAUCAGAGGUCUGCAGGAAGAGAAUGUCAGAAAGAUCGAAGGUGCGACCAGACCAAAGACCAAGAAACAGGUUAGGGCGUUCAUCGGGCUGACAGGUUAUUAUCGCGACUUCAUCCCCAAUUAUGCGGCGAAGGCAGCACCUCUAACUGAUCUGACCAAGAAGGGCGCGAAG